AUGAACUCAAGUUCAGGAUCAUUGUCAACUGGUGGCAUGUCGUCCACAACAACAGCCACAACAACCACGACAACAUUUCAAACAAACAAUAUACCUUCAUUCCUUUCAAUACCCGCACCUUUGUUUGAACGACAACAACUACUACAACAACAACAACAACAGCAACAACAACAUAUAGUUCAACAACAACAACAAAUAGUUUCAAUACUUGACUGUAUAACACUGUCAGAGAUCAUUGGAAGACUUCUGAGUGACUUCAAGUCGAUUGCAUUGCUGGCCGACAAUGAGUUCUCUGAGCUCAACAACACCUACCUGUUUAUAAAGUCAUCAUUGGUGCUCUACAAGUCUUACACGUCCGACUCGUUCCCAAGCGAAGGCGCGUCGCCCACACCUGGCCAGCACCUGAUGAUCACGAGCAAACGAGUCUGCUACCAAAUGAACGUUCAGCGCAUACACACACUGCUCAGCCAACUGCGAGGCUCACUCACUGAACUCAAGAGCACGCCAAAGGAGGGCCAGACCACACUGAUCACAACCAUCCUCAAGACAGACUCAUUGUUGAAGCAAUCAGUUGAUCAACUAUUGGCAAUGUUCACAAUCAACAAUGAUCAAGUCAUUGUUUGUGGCAACAUCAGCAACAACAACAACAACACUGGCAAUGGCAAUGGCUGCGACUAUGACCCACUGCUACUACUUCCACAAGAUGCUGCAGAGAUGUGGAAGAAGAAGUUUGGCGAAAAUGUACUACUAGUCCCUUGGCCCAUAUUCUUUGAUAGGACUCAAUCAUAUAUCAAUGUUAGAGCUCUCAAGUAUGAGGACAACUUCAAACAUAUUAUCGACUUCACACAGGAUGGCUAUGUCAGUCCUUUCAAGCUAUCCACCUUUCUGAAAUGGUUCGGUCCACUAUCAAGAUCAUUCAACAAUGUUGUAGAUACAAUCGAUGCCAAGAUAAUGAGUGGAUUCAUCUCUGGAGUAGAGGCAUCAAGAUUCCUCGAGAGAAAGUCGGCUGGACAUUAUAUCAUUCGCUUCAGUAAAACUUACCCGGGCGCAUUCGCCGUUACAUUUGUGGAGCAGUCGAGCAACAUCCGACAUUGCUUGCUCUACCCUGUUGCCACUGGACUGACAUUGCUUCAGCCCCCUGACAUCUUCCCAAAUCUCACUGGAUUCGUUCUCAACUUCUCGUCCAAACUGAAGCAUGCUGUUGGUCCCGUCGACCCAAUGAUGUUCCCACCCUCGGACAACAUCAACCCCAGCGCCUCCUCACUGCUAGUCUCUCCAAUCUCUGACAAACAUAGAAGAAACAACAGUAGCAACAGUAGUAACAGCAGUAGUGGUGAUCGGGUACCAAUCAUAAGCGUCCAACCACAACAAGGACAACAACCACAACAACAACAACAAGGACAGUCAGACCUGGAAUACAAUGAGUCAGUGGUCACAACACCAUCGGGCUCGCCAAAUGUCAACUUCUUGAAUGAGGUGUUCCUGUCGAGAUCACCUGUGCGACCACAGGACGCAACAAACACUGCCUCCACAACAGGUGGCACCACCGAAAAGAAGAAGAAGAACCGUCGUAGAUCAAAGGACGUCGUGGAGAACAACCUGACCGACAAGGAUCUGUGCGUCGUUUGCAUGGACAAGCAUAUCAACACCGUGUUUCUUGAGUGUGGCCAUCUCAGUUGCUGCUCACGAUGCUCCGAGAAGCUUAAGAACUGUCCACUAUGUCGCAAGUCCAUCACCAGAGUUGUCACCAUCUUCAGGGUGACAUCAUAG